AUGAAGUUCCAAUCCAUUAUUCUAUUCCUGUUCGGUUUGGCUUUUGUUAAAGCAUGCGGGAAUCUUACUUUAUUUACCCAAGAGGGUGACUCAUAUACAUUUGGCGAAGGAUGUUCUUACGUUGGCAACAAUAUAACUGAAGCUUUGGUCGAUCCUGAUACUUGCUACCAUUUUUAUAAUGAGACCGACGACUGCACAGAAAAAGCCUUUUUUGACUCCUGUGAUAAUUACACCACAUUCGAAGAGCCUAUAUUAGUCUUUUCAGUUAAAGUAUCCUGUGAACUAUUAUCAGUAAAUGUUGAUGUAUAUUGA